AUGGCGGCCGAAGCGGGGACCGGAAGUGGCUCCGGGGGCGGCGGACGCCCCUCGGACGCCAUGGAGCGGGUGCUGCCCGUGCUGCUGCUGCCCCUUCCCGCCGCCCCCGGCAGCCGGGUCGGGGCUCGGGCCCGCCUGCACGGGGGGCAGGAGGCGCUGGGCAGCCUGGCGGCCCCCGGGGCCCUGCACCUGCUGUCGUUAGCGCCCGGAGGGCGGCGUGGAGGCGGGGGCGGCCGCUCCCUCACUGGCCCCUUCCGGCACUUUGUGUGGGAGAAUACGGAAAAUCCCAUCCUACCAACUAAUAAGCCCAAACUACUGACUCUCGGUGAAAACAGCGAUCUGCUUGUCCACGAGUUUAAUACAGAGGAUGGAAAAUGUGAAGUCACCACCCUACAUAGGUGUAAUGGGGAGACGUUAAAAAAGCUCAUUGAAGAUAAAAAUAUCAGCGUAGACUCCAUCCAGUCUGUGAGAGUCCUGUCGUUCCACAGCAGCACGGCCCUCCUGCUGAUCAACGAGUAUAUUGUCCUGCACGUGGCAUUCCCUGAGGGAGGCAUGGAGAGUGGCGUCCGCCACUGCUUCCCUCUGUCCGGGGCCCCUCGUGCCAUGGAGGGACCCGUCGAGACGCAGCUCUGCAGGGGGAUCUUGUUUGUGCUGGACCGUUCCGGCUGGAUGUACAUGUUCGACUCGGAGGAUGGGAUGUGCCGGGCGCAGGUGGACCUGACGACCCUCCUGACCGAUGGGUCCGAGGAUCCCCAACCGAGUCUCUCACCUUCCUCUGCCUCCCUCACGGUGUCCCGGGACCUAGAUGUUGUGAUCGUGAGCCGCUCCCACUCUGCAGUUGCUCUGGAUUUAGAUUUGUAUUUCAGGCAGCACCCGGAACACUUGCUGUGGGAGCGGAGGGCGGAAGAUCUCCCUGUGGAAGGACCCCCAGGGAGCGAUGAGGAUGAUCUCGCCAACUCUGCCCACAACAUGAAGCUCAUGAAGUUCUCGUUCCCGACAGACAGGUCCUGGAAGGCUCAACUCUUGGUCCUGUCGGACGUGGCAAAGAGGACCCCGACAGACCCCGAGAGCUGCGGGCCCUGGUUCCUCCACCUACCCCACGUAGAGCCCUCUGAAUCCAGCUGCUCCGGCAUAGCCAGGCAGACAGAGCCCCUGGCUCCCGCACAUUUGGUCUGGGCCCGGCCCGACUGCCCAGAGAAAGAGCCGGCCAGAGGGAGGGGGCUGGGCAGGCAGUGGAAGCGAGAAGUGCAUUUCAGAGUCCCUGCAGAGCCCUCGGAGCUGAGGUGUGUGUGUGUGACCAGGUUCAGCGCACUGUUCACCCUGGCAGAGGAGAGCACGGGCCUGACGGUCGCUCUGUGGGAUCUGGAGACGCAGGAGGUGAAGUCCUUGUGCCUGGGCAGAGGGUGCAUCCCGGUGGACGGCGGGGAAGAUCAGCAGCUCUGCCUGGUCCUCACAGAGGACGGACUCUGCCUGGUUUUGUUCGGUUUGACUCAAGAGGAGUUCUUGAACAGACUGAUGAUCCACGGAAGCGCCGGCACCGUAGACGCCGUGUGUCGCCUCAACGCGUGGGGGAGGUGUCCAGUCCCCAUCCACGCACUUGAGGCUGGGAUCGAGAACCGUCAGCUGGACACCGUAGACUUUUUUCUGAAGAGCAAAGAGAAUCUUUUGACUCCUUCGGCCUCCCCCUCUUCCUCACUAACUGAUCCGUUCGCCGGUCUUCCAUCCCAAGAGUAUUUGAAAAGAGUACAAGAGCUGAUCCCCGCUCUCGACUUGCUCUGCUCAGCGGUAAGAGAGAACGACUUGGAAACUCAGAGCAAACACUUUUCAGAACAGCUGCUGAACCUCACCCUGUCCUUCCUCCACAAGCAACUCCGAGAGAUCUUCGUCCACAUAGACGAGCUGGACGGGCCCCUGCAGGCUGGAGUGGAUAUCUUAACCGGUUACAUCACCGAGCUCCGAACCUUUAUGAUCAAGUUUCCGAAGAGGCCGGUGGACACCGUGGGUGCAUCUGGUGCAGGAGUCGGCCUGAGCGACCCCACGCCCACAGGAAGGAGGCCGGAAGCUUGGGAAGGGCUCAGCCCGGAGCAAGUCAUCACUGAUGCCAUCCUAAAUAACAAGAUCCCCGAGGCUCAGGCCUUCUUUAGGGUAACCGGCCAUGCUGCCCAAAACCUUGAACAGCUGAUCCAGACGGGGCUGGGUCUGGCCUACAACCGCCUGCUGGAGAAGAAUGUCGAGGAAGCCUCCCGGCUCCUAAGGAACAUGGGUUUCGAUGUGAAGGCCCAGCUACACAAGAUAUGUUUCUACACAACAGAGAAAGCUCUGCGAGACUUCUUGGUUGGAGUGCUGCAAGAAGAGAAUGACUUUUCUGAAGAAGAGAAGCGUACUAUAGAGUUUGUGCGUCAGGUCGAGACUCUGUACAUGGGCCCUGGUGAAGAAAACAGAGAGCCCAAGUGUCCCUCCAGGUGCUGGAGCAAGGAACGAGACCUCCCCAGACACAAGUGCAUUUUGGACUCGGUUUUGGGCGAGCCGGAGCCGGAGGACGAACCAAGCGAGCCGGAGCGUAGGCUUAUGCUCAGCUGGGCCGAGAGGUGGGACCCUCCGACACGAGAGGCCGUCCUACUCCCCCGGAUCACGGAGGAUGAACUCCGCUCCUGUACCCCCGAGGUGCUCUGGGCCCAGCUCACGUCUCGCCACGACUGGCCGAACAUCCUGUCGUGGAUUGGAGAACUGCAGCCACAGGAUGGCCCUGCCCCUCUCCAGCCGGCCCGGUGGCCUCCCCUGACGGCCGAUGUCAUUGACCAGCACACGCUCUGCAGUGGCUACAUGAGGAAUGAGAUAUUAGACAAACUGGCCAGGAGAGGCGUGUUCGUCGCGUCGGAACUGGACGAUUUUGACCUCCUCCUUGCGAGGCUGAGCCGAAUCGGGGGCGUCAUGCAGGACCCCCUCCCCGUUCAAAACUACAGGUCUCAGGAGGGCUUGGAUUUCCACUCCCGCUUUCUCCUCCACUGCUUGGAACACAGCCUGCAGCACCUUCUCUACGUCUACCUCGACCACCACGGUCUAAGCCCUGAGAACUUUCCCUUCCUGGAGAACAAGGAUCUUCACGAAGCCUACCCCUGGUUUGAGUUCUUAGUCUGCUGCCGCCAGGUCUCCAGGAGUCCGCCAGAUCCGAAGCUGAUUUUCCAAGCCAGCCUGGCGAACGCGCAGAUCCUUAUUCCCAGUAAUCAGGCCAGCGUGAGCAGCAUGCUGCUGGAAGGACGCACCCUCCUGGCCCUCGCCACCACCAUGUUUGCUCCGGGCGGGCUCACCCAGGUGAUCCAGAGGGAAGAGCGUGAGAGCUGUUGGAAGAAGGUGGAUCCCCAGCUGCUGAAAAUGGCCCUAGCUCCUUACCCUAAGCUCCGGGCAGCUCUUUUCCCACAGUCCCCUGCCCACGGGAGCCCACCACACGACAUCACCCUCUACCACCUUCUGCAGGCUCUGUUGCCCUUUGACCCAGCCAGACUGUUUGGCUGGCAGCCCACGAACACCCUGGCCAUUGGAGACAGCAUGAGCCAGCUGCCUCACUUCUCCAGCCCGGAGCUGGUAAGCAAGUACGCCUUGACCGAGAGGCUGGAUUUCGCCUACUACCUGCGCCACGGACGCCCGUCGUUUGCCUUCGGUUCUCUGCUGGUCCAGGACCUAGCCAAGAGCAAGUCCCCGAAGCAGCUGAUCCAGCAGGCAGGACACGAGGCCUACACUCUAGGGCUCGCCUCCUUCCACGUCGCUUCUGUUGGGGCUGCCUGCGUAUGCUUCCUGGAGCUCCUGGGCCUCGAUAGUCGGAAACUGCGGGUUGACUUGAAAGUGGCCAACACCAUCCUCAACCACAGGUGCCGGAACGACGAGGCCCGGCCCGGCGCCCUCAGGGAAUCCCUAGCUGCCAAGCUGGCUAAACUGGCCGACGGUGACCUGGCAGCUGCGGAAGAACUGCUGGCUCUGUUAGAGGAAGGCAUCUGGGACGGCAUUCAGCAGCAGGAGAUCCAGAGGACGUCCAGUGACUCCAGAUGUCAGUGGGCCCUGGCUGUGCAGUUCUGCAAGCUCCAUGGCUUGAGGCCCAGCCCCUCCUACCUCAGGGCCUGCGCCCAGACGGACGACUGGCUGCGGUUCAUCGUUCACAGCCAGCUCCAUGGCUUCCGCCCGGAGGAGGUGAUGCCCCUCCUGGGGAAUUUCAGCCCUGUCCUCCGGGACCACCUGCAGCUGGCCCUGGAAAACCUGGCUCCACUAUCCGGCGACCCGGUGGUACCGAGGGACUCGACAGGCAGGGAGGGGGCCUCCGAUGCCUUUCAGGCUCUGCUGCGGUGUCCGGAGGGGCCUGGGGCCUGGCACGGCCUCCUGGCCGAGGCGGUGAGGCAGCGGGCGCCUGCCCUGAGUGUCCUGGCUGCCUGCUUCCAGGAUGCCGGGAUCAUCCCCUGCCUCUGCGCCUGGAUCGUCACUUCCGUGGACGAGGCCACUGCCGCCGAGGCUAUGCGGGCCCUUCGGGACAUGCCCGUUGAAGCCCACGACUGGGGUCUCGACGUCCUCGCGGCCAUCUGGAGGACUCUAUUAGAAAGACAGAAGAGCCAAACCCUCAGCCAAAGUGCGCGCCUCUUUCUCAAGGAUUCCCCGCUACUGCCCCUGGCGGAGCUGUACGAGCUCGGGAUGGAGGCCAAGAGAUACAGCGAUGCCAAAGCCAGGCUUGAGGCCUUCCAGACUGGGCUGGCGGCGCUGAAAGCGGUGGCUCCAGUGACCCCCGCCCCAGUCCCCUCCACGGUCCCCGCCACCAUCCCCGCCGUGGUCCCCGCGCCGUGGCUGGAGGCGCAGUUCGCCUUCCUUCUGAAGCUGAUGCUGCAGCAGUGCAGGACACAGUACGAGCUACGGAAGCUCCUUCAGCUCUUUGCUGAGGUGGAGCACCCCCCACCCGAUGGCCCCGAUUUGAAGAAGCUGUGUGAACUCAGCCAGAUUCUGAAGGAAACGUCUAUAGUCAUCAGCCCCGCGGUCCUGGCCAGCUACAGUCCCGAGAACUUCGAGCGCGAGUGCAGGUCCAUCCUGGAAAAGCUGCAGGGGGACGGCCAGUUCGCCCUGGCCAGGAAGGUGGCGGAGUUGGCCGAGCUGCCCGUGGACAGCCUGGUCGUCGAAGAGGUCGUCCGGGAGAUGCAGACCCUUGAGCGCAUCGGCCAGUGGGCCCUGAAGCAGGCGCGGCUCGACUUCUGGAAGAAAUGCCACGACCGUUUCACCGGGGAUUCCGUCUCAGACCGAGCGGUGGCCGACUUCUUCUCGGGCCAGGCCCGAGCGGCAGCCGAGCUGCCGGAAGGCGCCUCGGAAAGGCACCUGCUGUUGACCCUGGCCGGCCGCUGGCUGGCGCGGGGGGACCCUGUGCCCGUGGGUGGGCUGCAGGAGCUGGAGAGGCAGAUCUGGCUGUGCCGCAUCGCCCGGCGGGUCUCCUGCGGGGCCGGCGAGGCGGGCGCGGCCGGACUGUCCCGCCAGAUUUCCACCAGCGGCGAGAUGUCUUUCGACAGCCUGGCCGACGAGCUGUCCUUCUCCCAGCUGGAGGCCCUGAACACCCCUGACCUCCUAGCCGUCGAGGGGCUCCCGGCCCCGGGGUCCCCUCCGGGCCCCCUGGACGGGAGCCAGCAGGAAGCGCUCCGGGCCCUGGUCGGGGACCUCCUGGACCGGGGCCGCGUGCACGAGGCGAGCCGGGCCUGCCGCUACUUCCGUCUCCACCACCGGGACGUCUUCCUGGCUCUGCACUGCCAAGCCCUGGCCUCGGGAGACGCGGCCGACCUGCACCCGCAAGUUCACGCCCUCCUCCGGGGCCCCUCGCCGCUCCUGAGGGAGAGGGGCCAGAGCGUGUCGAGCGAGGACAGCGAGUCAUUUGUCGUGGUGCCGGCGGGGGAUGAGAUCCUGGCCGACCUGGAGAUGCUGACGAGCCAGUGCCUUCACGGGAAGAGCUACUGCCGGCGGGUGGUGUGUCUGUACGAGCUGGCCAAGGAGCUGGGCCGUUCCUACCGGGAAGUGGCCGCCCAGGACCCCGCCUGGGUGCUGCGAGCCAUCUUGUCAUCUCGGUGGCCUACCCGCUGCCAGAAGGCCCGGGCGUUCAUCGCCGCGCAGGGCGUGCCGUCUGACGUCGUGGCCGAGCUGGUGGCCGAGGAGGUGACGCGCGAGCUGCUGGCCGGCUCCCGAGGAAGAGCAGGGCAGAAGCAGAUGUCCGACCAGGCCGAAGACAGCCUGGCGCUCCUCCAGCUGACCGCUCUGUGCCAGGACCACACGUCGGUGGGGACGAAGCUGUUGGAUAAGAUCUCUUCCGUUCCCCACGGGGAACUGUCCUGCACCACAGAGCUGCUGAUCCUGGCCCACCACUGCUUCACCCUGACCUGCCACAUGGAGGGGAUCACGCGUGUGCUGCAGGCCGCCCGGCUGCUCACGGACAACCACCUGGCUCCCAACGAGGAGUUCGGCCUGGUGGUGCGCCUCCUGACUGGCAUCGGCAGAUACCAGGAGAUGACCUACAUCUUCGACCUGCUGCACCGGAAGCACUACUUCGAGGUGCUCAUGAGGAAGAAGUUGGACUCGAGCGGGACCCUGAAGACGGCCCUGCUGGACUACAUCAAGCGCUGCCGGCCGGGGGACAGCGAGAAGCACAACAUGAUCGCGCUCUGCUUCAGCAUGUGCCGCCAGAUCGGCGAGAACCACGAAGCCGCCGCCCGCAUCCAGCUCAAGCUCAUCGAGUCUCGGCCCUGGGAGGAGUGCAUCCGGGACGGGCCCCAGCUGAAGCAGCUGCUGCUGAAAGCCCUGACGCUGAUGCUCGAUGCAGCCGAGAGCUACGCCAAGGACUCGUGUGUGCGGCAGGCUCUGCGCUGCCGGCGGCUCACCAGACUGCUGACGCUUCAGAUUCAUUUUCUGAACACGGGCCGGCACACGAGGCUCAUCAACCUGAGCCGUCCGGGCCUGGUGGACUGCGUCCUGGCCCUGCCCAGGUUCUAUCAGGCGUCUAUCGUGGCCGAAGCCUACGACUUCACCCCCGACUGGGCCGAGGUCCUGUUCCAGCACGUGGUUCUCGGCGGCGACUUCGGCUACCUGGAGGAGUUCAAGCAGCAGCAGCCGUUGAAACCCAGCCUGUUCGAGGAGAUCUCCAAGAAAUUCGGGCAGCAGCAGCCGCCCACCGACGAGGCCGUCAGGAAUCUGAAGAAACUGUUCGGCUACUGCGAGGACAUCUACCUGCGGUACAGGCUGGCCUACGACCACCAGUUCUACGACCUGGUCAACUCGCUCCUCAAGGACCCCCAGACCGGUUGCUGUCUCAAGGACCUGCUGGUGAGUUAGGUGGGAGCCUGAGGCCGCUUCAUCCGGGAGACACGGGGCGAGAGCCCGGCGCCGGAACCCGAGACGGAGGCUUCUGCGGCCGUGCAGCCCCUCGGCCUGGAUCGAGAGGAGGAGGGGGAACUCCGCAGGGGAGCGGCCCCCGGCAACGGGAGAUCCACGAGCCGAUUCCAGAGGCAGGGCAGAGGCCUUUCCACACAAGAUCGAGUCCUCACCAGAGUGGUUUUAUUAAAUUAGUUGUUUUAUAAAA